CAAAGCUGACUUUAUAUAGGAAGAACACGACUUGCUCCUCUUGCAGUUGAAUGGAAAUAAAAGAGACUCUGUGACCUUGGAAGAUGAAGAUGUUGUUGCCAUGGGAACUCUUAAUCCUGCUGUCACUCAAGAGCUGCCUUGCAGAGAGGAUUAUUCGACAUGGCCCAGUGUUCACCCAAGAGCCCAGUGACAGUGUUUUCCCUUUAAGCGCAGAGGACAACAAGAUAUUUAUUAACUGCAAAGCCAAGGGAAGUCCAGCACCACAUUACAAGUGGAAAUUCAACAGGAAAGAUCUUGAUAUUGACAUGGACUACAGCCUUGUUGAGGGAAACCUUUUGAUCAAUAACCCUCAGGCAACUAAACACGGUGGUGUUUACCAGUGUAUCGCCACUAAUGCAUUUGGAACCAUCCUGAGCCGAGAGGCUAAAGUGGAGUUUGCAUGUAAGUGCAAAUUAAACUGUAUGUUUUGUAUUUGUGAACAUUUGAAAAUGGCACCUGACAGUCUCUUCUGCACUUGA